GGCAGACUCCGUGCAGCAGGACAGCACACUCCUUAGGGCAGAGUUUGGCAUGUUAUGAUGGAAGGACAACAUAACCAUCCACAUCAUCUAGGGGACCAGAACAACCCUCUUUGCAAACUGCCAGGACAGGAAUAUCAGCAUGAUCCUCAACAGAGGCAUCUGACGUCCUACCCAUACCGCUGCACCUUGGCAGAUUUUCAGAUAGAGAAAAAGAUCGGCCGAGGGCAAUUCAGCGAAGUCUACAAAGCAACUUGCCUUCUGGACAGAAAACCUGUGGCGUUAAAGAAAGUUCAGAUUUUUGUAGGCGAAGUGCCUUCUCCCCGUCAGAAUUCUCCCGCCAGUGGAAAGGAUGGAAAGGGACAGUUCAUAGAGUCAAGCCCUGAAGGGACGAUUAGAUCAUCUGAUAUGAGCUGCAGAUCACAGGCCACGAAUUUAACUUGUAUUUUUGAAAUGAUGGAUGCCAAGGCCAGACAGGAUUGCAUUAAAGAAAUCGAUCUUUUAAAGCAAUUGAACCACCCCAAUAUAAUUAAGUAUUUGGAUUCUUUUAUUGAAGACAAUGAAUUGAACAUUGUUUUGGAACUGGCAGAUGCAGGUGAUCUCUCUCAGAUGAUUAAGUAUUUUAAAAAGCAGAAACGGUUAAUCCCGGAAAGGACGGUGUGGAAAUAUUUUGUGCAGUUGUGCAGUGCUGUUGAACACAUGCACUCCCGCAGGGUGAUGCACAGAGACAUAAAACCAGCCAAUGUGUUUAUAACAGCCACAGGUGUGGUGAAGCUGGGAGAUCUCGGAUUAGGCCGCUUUUUUAGUUCUAAAACCACUGCAGCACAUUCCUUAGUGGGAACGCCAUACUAUAUGUCCCCAGAAAGAAUACAUGAAAAUGGCUAUAACUUUAAAUCGGAUAUCUGGUCUUUGGGCUGUUUACUGUAUGAGAUGGCAGCUCUGCAGAGCCCUUUCUACGGGGAUAAAAUGAAUCUGUUUUCUCUCUGCCAAAAGAUAGAGCAAUGUGACUACCCUCCUCUCCCAGCUGAACAUUAUUCUGAAAAGCUCCGGGAACUGGUCAGCAUGUGCAUAUACCCUGAUCCGGGUCAGAGGCCUGACAUCGGUUACGUGCACCAAAUAGCAAAACAGAUGCAUGUUUGGACCUCCAGCACUUGAAGCAUCUGCAAACACUCUCUAAGAAAAGCCAUCACAGCUUAGUCUUACUUGAAUUUUAUUUCUCAGAUGAAACCGACCGGUGCCUAGUCACACUCAAGUGAGAGAGUUGAGCACUCAUAGCAAGAUGCUCCAUUAUUUCUGCAGGUUAUUCGACAAGGACUCUUACACGGUGGUCAUGCUUUAAAGUGACGAUUCUGUGAGGUAUUGCAAGUGUUUUGUUGUUUUUUUUUUAAGCCAAUAAUGUUACAGAUGUAGAUCAUUUAAGGGUCCUUUCUUAACUGUUGUGUGUAAUCUAGGAUAGAUUAUAUUAACAAGGGUGUCUCAUUGAGCAUUUGGGGCACCCCCCUCUAUCUUAACUGUAAUGUGAAGUAUUGAAACAAUUCCUUCAGUGAAAUCACUUUAUACUAAUGUAAGAAUUGCGGUAGAUUUUUGUGUAAUUUGUAUAACUGCUACUUUGCCUCUUCUGUACCUGGUUAAUAGCAAAUUCAGUUUUUAGUUCAUAUAUUUUUAAAGCAUCCAGUUAUGUGUUUUUUAAAUUCCCUCCUUUGCAAACAGGAAGUGGGGAGGAGGGAACAUUUGUUUGAAGAUUUUUUUUUUUUGUAAUUGAAAAUUUAGAGUGAACAUUUUGCUGAUGCAUUUAUCUGUUAACUUGGCUAUAGCCAAUGCGGUGGCCUUAGCACAUACCUGAAAAACAUUGCUUCCAUAAGCAAUUUAUCUUUUUAAGCUGUUUCCCCUUUGGCAUUGAUCUAGUUAGACUCAAAGUCCUUAUUAUGAAUCAGUGUUACUCUAAGCCAGUUUUAUUUUGGGGAAGAGACUAUUACCAAAUCCAAUGGCACUUCAGUAAAACUGAAAGCAAAGCAGUGCUUUAGACCUCUCUGAAACAGGGAUAUCAGAUUUAGCCUGAAAGAAGUCAGAUUCUUUGCGCAACUGAAAUUCUAACCGAGGAUCAGUCCAUACCUAUUUAACUGUGAAAGCUAAGUUAUAAAAUGUGAAUUUCUUUGAAAAACGCAACCUGAUUUGAAGGACACAGCUUGUUUAAAAAGACUAAUUUUUCUUUUUUUUAAUAGAUGAAAAUUUUCAGUCAACUAAAUUCAUUCAUUGAAUCAAUGAUUACUGUCAAGGAAAAGUACUCACUGCUUUAAAACCUGAACAUACGGAUUCACGUUCAAGUGUUUCUGUUUCACCUGCCUUUUCAGGGAAUCAGUGCUGCAGUUACUAUUCUUGAAGGAUGACAGCGGGGGAACAGGCCCCGUCCUGCUCCCCAGCUCCCUCCGUGCGGCACGUGCCUUACUGCCACCAUGGUGACGUGGCGCAAGUGCUGGGGCACCCUUGUUCUUUAAGAAAACCACACAACCAUUAGUCUUUUGGAAAUCAAAUUGGGGUAAAAGGGUACCAUACCUGCCAACAUGCUCUUAAUGGAUUUUUUUCACUACUUAAAGGAAAACUGCAGUGCCAAUUUAACACCUCAGAUCAGCAUUUAGAAAUUUGAUUGAAAGUGAAAGUGCUUUAACAGAAAAGGUAUUAAUUGCUGUGAAUGAUGCUGGUAUCACUUAAUGGAAGAUGCCGUUUUUUCUUGACGCUUCCUAGCAGGAAGCCCAGCCUGGGCUCUCGUUUGAGAGCUGGGAAAUGCAAAUCAGCAUGAGAACGCAGGGGAGAAGCUAGGACCCUCCCUACAUUCCCAUGCGAAGCGGUUGAGAAACUACCAAGAACCCAGGUUCUGGUUCAUUUAUUCUUGUAGUUCAGGCUAUGAAUCACUGCCUUUACACUGCAGGUUUCCUUUAAACCUUAGUGGCAACUACACAUUCAUAGAUAAGGUUGUGCAAACGCCUCUGUGGGUGUAACAUAGAAUCGGAGUUCUCUGACUGUCAGGAGGGCUCACGGCGUUUGAGCAUCUCUAUCAGUCUGGUCACUUUCUUGCUACAUAAAAUCUAUUAGUGCUUAUAAGUAAAUGUAUUUCAACAGGUAACUUUUUGCAACUGUGCAUUUUUAGAUAAAUAAAACAAUGAUUUACAAAAUCA